UCCUUUUUGUAUUUUUUUUUUUUUUCGUCUUAACUACCUCCCGGCGCACCCUAUAGCAGCUUAGCAGCUGCCAUGUCUAAGACCACUGGCGGAAUCUUGUUGCAGACAGUUCAAGAGUCUUUGUCGCUGCGAACGUCACUCUCACAAACAUAGUCAACGUCGCCCUACUUGGAAAUCAACAACAACAACAACAACAGGCUUGCGGCUGCACAAGCCGUUGCGAAAAAAUUAAAAUUAAAAUUAAAAUUACACAAAUCAACAUCCAGAACAAAUAUCAGAUUGGAUCAGAUCAGAUCAGAUCAAAUUCGCGCCACAAAACUGGGGAUCUGCAGCCCAGCGCGGGAGCUGCCGUACAACCAGACAAAGCCUUGAACAUUUAUCUGCCCGCCCUUGGCACUGUCGCUUUUGCGGACACACAUCUACUUUCUCCAUCCAGAUCACCAUCGCAACCACAUCUACCCGUCUGGACAGAUAACGACGGCAUCAGCUACACAGUCACCACAGGCGGUGGUCGCCUGACUGACUUCCUUUCGUUUGCAUCGUAUUGGGAUCACUCUCUCCCGUCACCAUGGAGACCACGGCACUCGUGCAACCAGCAGCACCUGCUUCUAUAACACCAUCACCAGGGAGAAAUACACAAUCGCAAAAUGCCCAAGGCAACAGCCAUGCAACAAGCCAAAGUCUCUAUCAGUGCGCAUACUGCCUGCGAAGGUACUCUCGUCCUGAGCAUCUCCAGAGGCAUAUAGCCACUCACACCCUCGGAAAGCGCUUUGUUUGCGAUAUCUGCGAGAAAGCUUUUGGGCGCGGAGAUUUGCUGAAAAGGCAUCGACAAAACCACCAGGACGAUCCCACGGGGGCUAAAAAGAGGAGGGUAACCUCGACAGCUGGCCGGGUCACAGCGGCUUGCCAAGCGUGCGCUCGUGCUCGGGUCAAGUGUGACGAGAUCAAGCCGUGUGCCCGCUGCAAGAAUCGAAACCAGACAUGCGAGUACAGCACGUCCGAAGCCAGCUCUGCAGCCGCCAUGCACCUAUUACAUCUUUCUGCAGCGAGAUCUGGCUCGGGAUCUCCAGAUGGCCAUGAUCAAAAAUCCUCGACAAAGUCCGUCUCGAACUCGCCUUCUCCCUUGCAAACACACCAGGUCAUCGACCCAGCGUCCUUCGGCCAACAGACGCCCAUGUCUGUUGCCAACGCUUUCUUGCAGCCCCAGUUUGCGCUGCCGGUCCAGCCGCCCCUGGACCCACGCCUCGCUGGGAUCGACAGCGCGAGUGGAAGUGGUGUUAUGGGCCAUCCCACGAACGGCUUUGACGGUAUUUCUGGCGCACCGGAGAGGGAUGUGAUCAUGGACGCCACCUGUGACCCCCCGCAGUACCAACAACGUACAGCUUUUGCUGCACCUCCAUACAGACCACUAGGCGGUGCAAGCCCUCCGGAUUCUGCGCCCUUUGCAUAUUUUAUGCGAGAUAUUCUUUACGAUGAGCUAGAUCCAUCGAGGAUGGUAGGUUCUCAGGGACUGUCUGUCCUGGACUUUAAUGCCAACUCGAGUCUGGAGUUGAACGACGUGGAUUUCGGUUUGCUGGACCAGUGGAGCGGUCAUGUGAUGCCCUGGACGGACGCAACCCCUCAGCCACCGGCAGGCAAGGCGGCAAAGGCCCCGAUCGACUUGUCCAAGAUGAGGCAGCGACUUGUGAAGUCUUGGAGCAACUCGCCAUGGCGGUGGAACCCAACCACUCGAGACUCUGGCUACUGUGAACAGGAAAACCUCACGGUUCCCCAGACAGACACUUUGCUCACCCAAGUCGACCGCAUCAUCUCCGACAAACUGGAUCCCUCCAUCCGUGACCGCAUCCUGGCUUCGGUCUUGAGCGAGUGCCGUGGCAACGAUACGCUUCGGCGUGUGGCAUCCUCUUUCCCUUCGACCGAAAUCUUGGAGUCGCUCAGCAACAUAUUCGUGGCCUCCCACAUGUCUUCGGUGUCUUCUUGGCUACACCUACCUACUUUCCAGCUGAACAGCAGCCAUCCAGAGCUUAUAGCUUGUUUCGCGUCGGCCGGGGCAGCCAUCUAUCCCAACAUGACGCUGAGGCGCUUUGGUCAAGCUUUGCAGGAAGUCGUGCGCUUGACAUUGCCGGGUCGUUUUGAAGAAAGUCAUCUUCGCAUCAACGACAUUGGACUUGUACAGACUCUGGUUUUGAUGCAAGACCUCGGGCUGUGGAGUGGUAAUCGGCGAAAGAUGGAGAUUGCCGAAUGCCACCUGAACAUUCCAAUAACCAUGAUGCGGUACAGGAACAAGUUCAAGAGGUCAUACUACUCCAGGAUAGUAGUCACGGCUGAGGAUCAAGGUGAAGUGCUCGAGCAGAAAUGGAAGCAUUGGAGGGAGCAAGAAUCGUGGAAGAGGCUUAUUUUCCAUUGCCAUCUGAGAGAUGCACAAAAGUCACUGAUAACCUUGACACCGCCACAAGUGUCAUACGCCGAGCUCACACUACCACUGCCGGAAGCUAAACAGCUCUGGUUUGCCACUACAGCCAAGGAAUGGCAGACACAGUACCUCGCGAGGGGCGAGCCGAGCAGCAAUGUCCUGCCCUCGCUCGUUACUUUGUUUCAGGACAUUAGUGCCCUUGGAAGGGAUCGACACCGCCUCGAUAUACAAUACGCCAUUGCCAUCUAUCUUCAUGGUGUAUGGUCGCUGAUAUGGGAGCUUCGCCAGCUGGCUGCCGUGCAGCGGCACAGCAUAUUCUCUCGGAACUCGGCAUCAACAACUCCGGGCAGCCAAAUGGGUACCCAAGAUCCUGCAUCCCUGCUCCUCAAGUCCAGACAUCACGAGAUAUGCAAGAUGCUGGAAGACUUUUCUUCGGCGACGAGCGACUGGAACGAGCUCUCAGCUCAGGAGACUCUGACGCUCAACUUGCUACAGCUGCAUCUUCUUGUGUCCAUGGAUGAACUACAAAUCCUUUCCGGUCGAGAGAACGAGGAGCAGGCCCGUCGCGUUUUCAUCCACCUGCAAACAUGGGCCGAGUCUGAAGAGGCUCGGAGGGCACUUUGGCAUGCUGGUCAGGUGUUGCGGAUGGCCAAGCUUUUCCCAUCGGGUCAUCUCAAGGACUUUUACGCGAUUGGUGUGCACCACGCAGCACUUACAAUCUGGACUUACGGCGUCAUCAAGAAUGCGGCUGGACCCGGCAAUCUGAGCGGCCUCUCCUUGGGCGACCUAGUGUACUUGGACGGACCACAGACGAGCCAGGUUACGCAGUUUAUCAACUUUGGCCAGGGCUGUCCCGCCAUCAGGGGACCGACCCAAAGCGUCGUGAGCAACAGCGGGAACCUGAGACAGGACGACGAGCGACAGCAGCAGCAGCAGAAGUACAGCGGCAGCGGCGUCGUGGUGGCUCCUGUCUCGGAUUCGUAUGCCUGCAUGAACAUCGCGCUCGAGAUUUUCUACUUUGACAGGUCAGGCAGCGCACAUGAAGAUGAGGAGCAAAUGCUUGCUAUCAAUGAGAAUUUAUGCCAACUUCUCGCGCAGCUUCGUAGUGCGGCACGGGCUGUUGCCGGUGUUUGAGGCUUGAGGUUUUAGGAGUAGGACGUUGCUCUGUUACAAGAUUAUGAGAAACACCGCUGGUGACGGUCUCGUGUACUGGUUCUUUUUUUUUUUUUUUUUCGGGUUGGUGGGUGGCUGCGGAGUUUGGUUUGGAAGUUUAAAGUUUUGAUGUCAUUAUAUACCCCAGAUUAUUUGCUGCUUCCCAUCUGCUUGUUUAUAUCUAGGACUUAUCAAGCGCCCGACUGGAAACAGAUACGCUUGCAAGACCAUACGAUCUGCCAAACUUGGUUUGUGAAUUUAGCAUCGCAUUUUAU